AAAAAUAUGGAGAAGAUGAUUUGAUUUUUGCAUGAGAUUUUUUCUUUUCUGUUGAGGGUAAUUGCGUGUAUAAAUAUACAAAGAGGAAGAUACUUGACUACACGCUCUCUCUCUAAAAGUCUCUUCCGUUUCUCACUCAUUGAGAAUCUCAAAAAAUCGUCUCCAUUUUUUUAGUUCGGGGUGGAUACUUAUUGGGUUCUGAAACAAAAAAAAACAAACUGGUUUGAGUUGCUAUUAAACUCUGAAUAUAUUUGAAAUUCGACAUCAAAAUGUCUACCUACACCCCAAAGAAUAUACUUAUUACUGGAGCUGCGGGGUUUAUUGCAUCUCAUGUUGCCAACCGCCUUGUUCGGAGUUACCCUGAGUACAAGAUUGUUGUCCUUGAUAAGCUUGAUUAUUGCUCAAACCUGAAAAAUCUUUCCCCUUCUCGAUCUUCCCCUAAUUUUAAGUUUGUUAAGGGAGACAUUGGCAGUGCUGAUCUUGUUAACUACCUUCUCAUCACCGAGAACAUUGACACUAUAAUGCACUUUGCAGCUCAGACCCAUGUUGACAACUCCUUUGGUAAUAGCUUUGAGUUCACCAAGAACAACAUUUAUGGCACACACGUGCUACUAGAGGCAUGCAAAGUUACUGGUCAGAUCAGAAGGUUUAUCCAUGUCAGCACUGAUGAGGUUUACGGAGAGACUGAUGAAGAUGCCGUUGUAGGAAACCAUGAAGCCUCACAACUCCUUCCCACAAACCCAUAUUCAGCCACGAAAGCUGGGGCUGAAAUGCUUGUUAUGGCAUAUGGAAGAUCAUAUGGAUUGCCUGUUAUCACCACUAGAGGGAACAAUGUGUAUGGUCCCAAUCAAUUUCCUGAGAAGCUAAUCCCAAAGUUCAUACUUUUAGCUAUGAAUGGGAAGCCUCUUCCUAUUCACGGAGAUGGUUCAAAUGUUAGAAGUUAUCUCUAUUGUGAGGAUGUUGCUGAGGCUUUUGAAGUCAUUCUUCACCGAGGAGAUGUUGGUCAUGUUUAUAACAUAGGGACUAAGAAAGAGAGGCGAGUGAUUGAUGUUGCCAAAGAUAUAUCCAAUCUUUUUAACAAGGAUCCAGAUGCAAGCAUUCAGUACGUGGAGAAUAGGCCCUUCAAUGACCAGAGGUAUUUUCUAGAUGAUCAGAAGUUGAAGAACUUGGGUUGGGCUGAGAGGACCACGUGGGCAGAGGGUCUCAAAAAAACCAUGGAUUGGUAUAUCAAUAAUCCUGAUUGGUGGGGAGAUGUCUCCGGGGCAUUGCUUCCCCAUCCUAGAAUGCUGAUGAUGCCUGGUGGGGUAGAGAGAAAUUUGGAUGGAGCAGAAAAGGAUGAUACUGGAUCAUCUGAGUGCUUAGCAAACGCCAAUCAUACCGGAAUGGUAGUUCCAGCUUCCAAGAUCAGCAACUCCCCAAGUAAAUCACCUUACAAGUUUUUGAUUUAUGGUAGGACUGGGUGGAUUGGUGGUCUGCUAGGCAAACUAUGUGAGAAACAGGGAAUUCCUUACGAGUAUGGAAGGGGACGUCUGGAGGAUCGCUCACAACUUUUGACAGACAUUCAUACUGUGAAGCCCACACAUGUAUUCAACGCUGCUGGUGUCACUGGUAGGCCCAAUGUUGAUUGGUGUGAGAGUCAUAAGACUGAAACAAUUCGCACAAAUGUUGCUGGAACUCUCAACUUGGCAGAUGUUUGUAAAGAGAAUGGUUUACUGAUGAUGAAUUUUGCAACCGGUUGCAUAUUUGAAUACAAUGCUGCACACCCAGAAGGUUCUGGCAUUGGAUUCAAAGAGGAGGAUACACCCAAUUUCACCGGUUCUUUCUAUUCAAAGACCAAGGCCAUGGUUGAAGAGUUGUUGAAAGAGUACCCCAAUGUCUGCACCCUCAGAGUCCGGAUGCCAAUAUCUUCAGACCUCAACAACCCCCGUAACUUCAUUACCAAGAUUAGCCGCUACAAUAAAGUGGUUAACAUUCCCAACAGCAUGACAAUUUUGGAUGAGCUUCUUCCAAUUUCAAUCGAGAUGGCAAAGCGUAAUCUCACAGGCAUAUGGAAUUUCACAAACCCUGGUGUUGUGAGCCAUAACGAGAUCUUGGAGAUGUACAAGAAAUACAUAAACCCAGAAUUUAAAUGGUCCAACUUCACAUUGGAAGAGCAGGCUAAGGUAAUUGUUGCACCUCGCAGCAACAAUGAAAUGGACGCAUCCAAGUUGAAAAAGGAGUUCCCUGAGUUGCUGUCUAUUAAAGAAUCACUGAUCAAAAAUGUGUUUGAACCAAAUAGAAAAACUGAUGCAUAAGAAGAGCCUCAGGAUUUGGAGAGCAGACUUCUGGUUUGGAUCAAUAUGCUACUUGACUUUAUAUUCUAGUCUAGUCCUUAUUCAUCAUUAGUAGCCAUAAUUUUAAAAAUAUUUAGGUUCGUACCAGUGUUUAGAAUUCCUACACUAGGUUGUUGUUGUCAGUUUAUCUAUGAGUUAAUAAUGUUUAAUGUGCUAUGAGGAGGUUUGUGUAGGAGUUCCCAAUGCAUCUUUUGUCAGCACGGUAUGCUAAGGGUCGAUUUGUUGGAUCUUAAUAUAUUUGGAAUUAUGAAUUGUUUCUUA